AAAGAAGCUUCUGAUAUGGUUCUGGUAGAUGACAAUUUCAGUACUAUAGUCUCUGCUGUUGCAGAGGGACGUGCGAUCUACAAUAACAGGAAGGCCUUCAUCAGAUAUAUGAUAUCAUCCAACGUUGGUGAGGUCAUCUCCAUUUUCUUGACCGCUGUUUUGGGCAUACUAGAAUGUUUGAUACCUGUGCAGUUGCUCUGGGUAAAUUUGGUAACAGAUGGUCCACCUGCUACAGCUCUCGGAUUUAACCCUGUCGAUGUUGAUAUAAUGCAGAAACCACCUAGGAAGAGCAAUGAUGCUCUCAUAAACUCGUGGGUUUUCUUCUGUUAUAUGGUCAGUUUGGAUCGCUAUUUCUUAUUCUUCGAUGUGCAUUGCUAAUGUUGCUGCAUUUGUUUUGUAUUUUGCUACUUUGCUGUCUCUUUUCUUACAAUCCUGCAUCAGAUACUGUCCUUUUGAGCAAGGGUCUUUCAGAAACACAGCCUCUCUACAAAGGUAGGGGUAAGGUCUGCAUACAUCCUACCCUGUGUACAUCUUAUCCUCCCUAGAUUCCAUCACACUGGUUAUGUUGUUGUAAGCUAUAUUAAUUCUUCAUUUUUCUCCAAUGGUUUGAAAUAAAACUACUUCGUCUCUUUCC